GGCGCCCAGGAGAUAAAUGUUCAGUGCAUGUUCGAUCAGUUCAGUGUUGAUGCAUUAUGUUACAAUGGCAUUAUUGGCAUAUCGUUGACACGUCGAAGUCGACACGAAGCCAACGCCGGGCUUUCCGUUUAUCACGGCCGCUUAUCGCCCUCGUCAAUCGUUGACGAGGCAAGUGCUCGAAAAUCGAGACCGGUGUCCGAACGUUCAUUCAACAUUUCAACGAUGAGUACCGAGGACGAAACGUUGAAGUCGUCAAUCCCGAUAUACGUUAACGCGAUGAUGUCCGUGUGCGCGUUCGGCUUGACCGUACAUCUGAUUCCGAGGAUAAAAUCCAUGUUUGUCCAAGCUAACCUCUACGGUGUCGACAUGAACAAGAGAUGCAGUGGAAAAAUACCGGAGGCGAUAGGUGUUGUCACUGGAUGUGUAUUUCUUAUAACAAUGUUCCUAUUUAUUCCUGUACCAUUUACUGAUUGUCUAUUUAGGAAUGUAAACUUUCCACACAAUGAGUUUGUUGAUUUUCUGGCUGCAUUAUUGUCCAUAUGUUGCAUGCUACUCUUGGGCUUUGCCGAUGAUGUUUUGGAUCUUCGUUGGCGGCAUAAAUUACUUCUACCAACUAUAGCAUCUUUGCCAUUACUGAUGGUUUAUUAUGUCAACUUUAACUCUACUAUAAUCAUCGUACCAAAGCCGUUGAGAUCAUGGUUUGGUUUUUCGUUGGAUUUAUGGAUUUUUUAUUAUGUAUAUAUGGGAAUGUUAGCAGUGUUUUGUACAAACGCUAUAAAUAUAUUAGCCGGGAUAAACGGUUUAGAGGUUGGGCAAAGUUUAAUCAUCGCUACAAGUAUUCUCAUCUUUAACAUUAUCGAGUUAUUUGGCAGUCAAUGGAAAGCGCAUCAGUUUUCAAUAUAUUUUAUGCUGCCUUAUAUAGCAACUUCCUUCGCAUUAUUCAAAUUUAAUUGGUAUCCAUCGCAGGUUUUCGUAGGCGACACGUUUUGUUAUCUGUCGGGAAUGACUUUCGCCGUUGUCGGUAUCAUAGGCCGCUUCAGCAAGACGACUUUAUUGUUUUUUAUUCCGCAAAUAAUCAAUUUUCUGUAUAGCAUACCUCAGCUAUUCCAUCUUGUAUCGUGUCCUAGGCAUAGAUUACCAAAAUACAAUGAAAAGAUGAACAAAUUGGAGCCUAGUAGAACGGUGUUCUACAAAUCAGACCUUGGCACACUUGGGAAGCUAUCAAUGUGGAUAUUUCGAAAAUGUAAAUUGAUAAAAUGGGAAGAAGACUCGGAAGGCUUUGUGACUUGCAAUAAUCUAACUUUGAUUAAUUUUAUAUUGAUCAAGACUGGUCCAUUGAGAGAACCAAAACUUACGUCCAUUUUACUGAUAAUUCAGAUUAUCAGUAGUAUGUUGGCAUUUGUUAUAAGAUAUCCUUUGGCUUCCAUAUUUUAUGAUGUUUAAAUAAAUAUAA